AUGCGAGGUCUGAUGAACACAGGCCUUGAGUGGAUGCGGUGCGUGGGGCCGAAGCGCCUGCGGGUGCUGGUGCUGGUGCUGGUGCUGACCCUGGACAUUGUGCGCAGCGACAUUGCCCUGGAUAAGCAGAAAGGCUGUAAGAUCGCCCAGCACCCAGACAUUAUGCUGGAACUGCAGAGGGAGAAGGCAGCCCAGAUGCACUUGGUUUUGUUAAAGGAGCAGUUCUCAAACACGUACAGCAACCUCACGCUAACAGCCAGGUCUCUAGACAAACUCUAUAACUUUGCGGACUGCUCUGGCCUUCACCUGAUCUUUGCACUGAACGCCCUGCGCCGCAACCCCAACAACUCCUGGAACAGCUCCAACGCGCUCAGCCUGCUCAAGUACAGCGCCGGCAAGAAGUACAACAUCUCCUGGGAGCUGGGCAACGAGCCCAACAACUACCGGACUCUGAUGGGGCGUUCGGUGAACGGGAGCCAGCUGGGGAAGGACUACGUCCAGCUGAGGAGCCUGCUGCAGCUGAUCCGCACCUACUCCAGAGCCAGCCUCUACGGACCCAACAUCGGGAGGCCCAGGAAGAACGUCAUCGCUCUCCUGGAAGGGUUCAUGAAGGUGGCGGGCAGCACGGUGGAUGCUGUUACCUGGCAACAUUACUACAUUGACAGCCGCGUGGCCAAAGUGACCGACUUCCUGAAAACGCGCCUGCUGGACACGCUCUCCGACCAGAUCAGGAAGAUCCAGAAAGUCGUGAACGUCUACGCGCCGGGGAAGAGGAUCUGGCUGGAAGGCGUCGGGGCCAGCUCCGCGGGAGGCAUGACCAACCUCUCGGACUCCUUCGCAGCCGGGUUCCUGUGGCUGAACACCUUGGGGAUGCUGGCGCACCAGGGCAUCGACGUGGUGAUGCGGCACUCGUUCUUCGACCACGGGCACAACCACCUCGUGGACCAGAACUUCAACCCGCUGCCGGAUUACUGGGUCUCGCUCCUCUACAAGCGGCUGGUGGGCCCCAAGGUGCUGGCGGUGCACGUGGCGGGGCUGCAGAGGAAGCCGCGGCCCGGCCGGGUCAUCCGGGACAAGCUCCGCAUCUACGCGCACUGCGCCAGCUCCCGCACCCACAGCUACGUCCGAGGCUCCAUCACCCUCUUCAUCAUCAACCUGCACCGGUCCCGCAAGAAAAUCAAGCUGGCGGGGACGCUGCGGGACAAGACGGUGCACCAGUACCUGCUGCAGCCCUACGGCCAGGACGGGCUCCACUCCAGGUCGGUGCAGCUCAACGGGCAGCUGCUGGCGAUGGUGGAUGAUGGGACGCUGCCCGAGCUGCGGCCGCGGCCCCUGCGCGCCGGCCGCACCCUGGUCAUCCCGCCCCUGACCAUGAGCUUCUACGUGGUGAAGAACGUGAACGCCCUGGCAUGCCGAUACCGGUAGCUCUGCCCCGCGUGCGGGCCGAGGACAGACGUGCCAGGCCUGCCUUCCCCCUCC